AUGAAUCUUUCACGUGUUCAAACAUCUGAUGAAACAAAUCGACGUCAUAAUAAUAAUUAUACAAAUGGAACAUCAACAAAAAAAGAUUCAAAUUUAAAUAAUUCUAUUCAAACUGAUCAUAAUAUAUAUGCUAAAGUUGAAUUACAACUUGAUAUGUCAGAUUGUAGUUAUGAACAUGAUAAAAGAGAAUAUUAUGCUCAAUUAAUAAGAGAUUUUUAA